CAGCUGUUGCUUCAUUGGCUGUUUGUUCUUUGGUCGUAAACAGUUUAAAGGUACAUUCUAUUUCAUAUUUUCUACUUCCGGGUUCAUUUWUAUUUUCUCAAAAAGUUAUAAAAAUGUCGUGUCUAAGUGUAAUUUCUCGCAAUUUCUCCACUUCAUUUGUGGCCCGUGCAGCGAUUAAAAAUGUCACAGUGGUCGGAGGUGGUUUAAUGGGCUCAGGUAUCGCCCAAGUAUCUGCUCAAACUGGUCACAAUGUGACGAUUGUUGAGCUCAACCAGGAAGUUUUAGACAAAACUCAUAAGAGCAUUCAACAGAGUUUACAAAGGGUCGCUAAAAAGGUUUAUAAGGAAAAGCCUCAAGAAGGUGAGAAUUUUGUUUCAGAAACUUUAUCAAGAAUAAGUACUUCCACAAACUUAACUGAUGUAAUACAGAGUUCAGAUUUGGUGUUGGAAGCCAUUGUUGAAAAUUUGGCUAUCAAGCACAAACUUUUUAAGUCCAUAGAUGACAUAGCGCCAGCAAAGACUAUAUUUGCUUCCAAUACUUCAUCAUUGUCUAUUGGUGAAAUUGCAUCUGUCUGUAAGAGGAAAGACAAAUUUGCAGGGUUACAUUUUUUCAACCCUGUACCAGUGAUGAAAUUAUUAGAAGUUGUCAGAACUCCGGAAACAUCUGAUGAAACUUAUGAAAAAUUAAUGGCUUGGGCAAAAGCUAUUGGUAAAACAGCUAUUACUUGCAAGGACACCCCUGGAUUUGUAGUCAACCGACUUCUUGUUCCAUUGAUCGCUGAAGCAAUUAGAAUGUUGGAAAGAGGUGAUGCUUCUUCUAAAGAUAUUGACAUAGCCAUGAAGUUAGGCGCAGGACACCCAAUGGGACCUAUUGAAUUGGCAGAUUAUGUUGGACACGAUACUACAAAUUCAAUUUUAAACGGAUGGCAUGAUAAAUUCCCAGAGAAUCCAUUGUUCAAUCCACUACCAACUUUACAAAAAUUGGUUGAUGAAAAAAAAUUGGGUGUCAAGACUGGUGAAGGAUUUUAUAGUUAUAAGAAAUAAUAUUUUCUUUUAAAAUUAUUGUUUGGGGGCAGGAAUAUUAUAUUAAUUUAAUUUAUAUACUUACUGAAAUUUAUUGUAGUAAUAAUUGAAAAAUCAAAUUAUUGGGCGUGUGAUCUGCGGAAAACAGUAAAUAACUAGUUGAAUAAAAAUUAUGAAUAAAUAUGUAAUAUUAUGAAAUGUAUAUAAAAAAAAGGAAUUCAAUUAAAAAAAUAACUAUAUUUAAUACAUUAAAGUUUUUUUGUGUCUACUAAACGAUUGAUACAAAUAGUUAGUAUUAAUCAACAUUUCUAUGAAACAUACUAUUUUUUUUAUAUCUUCCAAAAAUUUAUAAAUACAAUUUUCCGAUUCUUUAUUGAGYGGUACCAAUACUCAAUUACAUGGUGUGGUAAAAGAUUUUCAUAAGUCUCAUGCAUUUUUCUUAAUAUAUAAAAUUAAUUAAUAGUAGACCACGUCAGAACCGGUAGAUCACAUGCUUUACCAAUGCCAAUUAUUGUUAUAUAUACAAUGUUUUAUUUAAAUAAAGCAAAAUCUAACAAAAUGUAUGUUCAUUAGUUUUAAAUAUAUAUAUAUAUCUGUUUAAAUAAAUA